AAAACAUCCACCUACGGAUUACUCCCAUAAUAGAUUAGAUGUGUAGCCUUCUCGCACUUGAGGACAUAGUCAUUAUAAAACUAAUUCGUCAAAAAGAUUUUUACCACAAUAACCUUCCGUAUAUUUAAAACAUUAUUUUAUUAUAAUACUCUUCGAUAUGUCUUCAACAACAGACUUGCAGCAAGAAGAGAAUGCCCUUAAGACUUGGCCAAGGCGUCUUCUCCAUGUCCCGACUAUGACAUCAUAUGAAUGGCAGCCAGGAAAUGUUUACGGGCCAGCAACGGCUCCGCAAUAUAAUGCGAUUACUUAUACUUGGGGACGGUGGAGACUGGACGAUCAUGAGCAACCUAAGGUCCCUCCAAUCUGCAUUCACGGGGUUCCAUGGAAGAUCCCAAGAGUUGACCCGAGUCACUUCACAGCCGCACAUCUCGAGAUGAUCAUCCAGCGUGUAACGCAAGGCAUUUCAAAUCUAGCACAAUUUCAUAGCGAGACUUUAGAAACAGUGGACUUCAUCUGGAUUGAUAUCGCCUGUAUCGACCAGCGAGCAAAUAUACCAACAUCUACUGCUGAGAUUGGUAGACAGGCCAUGAUUUUCGACCGAGCUAAACACGUCUUCGCGUGGCUAGGUAGCACCUCAAAUAAGACUCUGAGCCCUGUGAUAAUAGAGUUAGAUGAAUUGUGCGACGAAAUUUCAGGCCUCAGACAAGCACAGGACGACUUUACGUCUCCGUCAUCUCAAGAAAUAUUACAGCAAGCUUACAACUGUUUUCAGAAGUUGUUCCAGGACCGGUGGUUUUCUUCAUUGUGGACACUACAAGAAGCCUUUCUCCGGUGUGAUGCUGUAAUAAUGAGUCAAGAGGGCAUCAUCGUGACAGAACCUCAUACGGCAUCAACGCCUAUGCCUUUGUCCAAAGUGCGCUUACACGCAGAUUUAUACACGUUGAUAUCGUUCUGCGAAAGGGUCUUACAAGACGCACUCUGGGAUAGCGCUCUUCCUACCGCUUACAAGGACAUAAUGGAUCUAUUAAUAAAUUCUGGGUUGGCAGCCCUCGCCUCGGCAAAUUCAUUAUCAGUCUAUACUGCCACAAGCCAUCGUACCUGCGUGAAGGAUGAAGAUCGAAUAUACGGAAUUCAACAGAUUUUUGGAGCUCGAGUAGGUACGUCGUCCCUCUCUAGUAGGCCUGGAUUAUCCUAUACACGGGCCGAGCUUGAAAUUCAGCUAGGGGAUCAUCUUUUGCAGCAUUAUCCCGUUUUAAGUCAACUUCACCUAUUCACGGAAAAGGCCCCUUUAGGGUUGGCUUGGCUUGUCAGUCCAAAGUCGGCUGUACCACCAUACUUGAUGGGCGUAACGAAUACUGCUAGUGCCCAGGAUCAAUCCGAUAUCUACCAAGAGACCCCACACUGCAAGUUAUCAACUGAGAAAGUCGGCACCAUCACCUGGGGCAAGUUCAAGGGGGUUUACUGCAAUUUCGCGUCCUUCAUGCAAAAAUGUACAGAAUUUACGACACACGAACUCAUUGAACAUAGGUUCCGAAAGACAGACUUUGUUACAAUCCACUUAGACGUUACGUCGGAGUUGGCAUCAUGUCCAGAAUACCGUGGUAACGGCUUUGUAACCGUGCCCAACGGUCGACGUCAGGAACAGCUUGCUAGCUGGCUGCUCAAUGAAUUCUCUGAAGAUGACUUACACGUCUUUCUUAUUGGAGCGCGAGCCUCUACACUAUAUACGGGCUCUAUCGCAAUGAUUGGUCUUUUAGUACUUCAGUGUCGCACAUCCGGAAUUAUAUAUUACCAUCGGAUUGGACUAUGUUGGUGGGAUAGCGGUCUUGCUACAGUGGGAGGAACAUAUCUCCCGCACGGCAGAUUCAUAAAUGGAAAGGGAUCUCCUUGGACAAAGAAGAAAUGUCUUUUUGGGUAGUUGUGUGCCUAACUACUAGGAAACUAUCAGAACCGAUAGUACAAGCGAAACAACAAUAUACUGCUUCGUCAAUACAUAACAGUAGCUAUAUGAUAUCACCGGUAGGAAAGGCUGCUUGAAGAUGCAAUAAUAAGCCUGGACUAAUUAUCAAGCUAUAUCAUAAAAGCCCCAGGGAAGAUAGGUAAUUAAAG